AUGAAAAAAAAAAAGGGUUAUGGAAAACUUCAGAUUUCUCUUUUUCUUGUCUCGCCUUUUUCACACAACCAGUGCCAUAUAUUUUCUCACCUUCAUACCACCUGUCCACAGCAAAUGACUUCUCAGGAUCAGCAUACUGACAACGCCGCAUGUGUCGACAGCGGAGAGUUCGCUCCACAGGAGCAGGCUGAGGGAGCUCCAGGUGCCGCUGAACAAAGCCUGACCUUUGCCGAUGAAGAGAACCCUGAUCCACCGUGCGAAGUGCAGCGGGCAGAGGAGUGCCCCGAGCAGAGCGUCCCGCUUGAGGAUCUUGAGACUCAGGGCCAUGAGGCCCCUGCUCCCGAGGAGUACGGAGAAGAGCUUGCCGAACACGCACCUCAGCAGUCACAUCCUCCUCAAUAUUGCCCGGAGGACAGCGAGGCCCAGGUAGUCCCGCAGCAGGCUUACGAGGAGGAGGCUCCCCAGGCGUACCUGGAAGAGACCGACGACUACUAUGCCGCACCGCAGCACGCGUACGAAGAGGUGGCCCCUCGCUACGUUCACGCUGCUGCUGCGCCGCCGAGCGCGAUCGUGAAGCCGCGGACGCGCAACGUGAAGAGUGUCGCCCGCUGGGAGCCGGUGGAGUACGACCCGCGUGACGGGAGCGACGAUGAGUUCGAGCUGUCGACGUGUAUGGCGCCGGUAUACGAGGGUGAGGGUGAGGAGGGCAGCGAGGACGCAAGCGUGUUCAAGCACGGCGGGCCGGAUUGCAAAGGGGAGAUCAUGUCGUGCUUCGACGAGCCGAACCUGCUGUACCGGAUCAUUGACCCGAAGAAGAAGACGUGGGCGUUCUACAACGACAGCCUGCCGCAUCUUCGGCAUCGACAAUGUCGAGCGUCACGCUUGUCGAGACCGCCGCUUUCGACGCCUUCUCUGACGUGUGAAAGCAAACAGAGAUUAGACUAUUUGCGUUCACCACGACGAUCUCUUUUGCGUCUGGUUUGGCGAACUCGUGCUCCAUCAGCACACGGCCGCCACGCGACGUGA